AUGUCGGGCGGACAGCCUGCAAGCGCGCCAGCAUCGGGUAAUGCCACACGAUUGAAUAAAGUCAUCCUUGAUCACGAGAAACUCCAGCAAAAGCACGCUGCCCUCCAGACAGCUGUCGCUGAAAGCCAGCAGGAAACCGAUCGAAAGCUCAAAGUCUUGUAUCAGCAGACCCAGCUCUUGAAUGCGAGGAUAGACGAGCUCGAGAAGUCCAAGAAGAUGCAGCAAGAGCGUAUCGACGUCUUGGAGGAAGUGUCACAAGUCAAGUGGGUUGAUGGGGCUGGCGCCGAAGCAGAGAACGAGGGUGUCGAGGGAGCUGCUGCUGCUGAGGGAGCCGCUGCUGUCAAUGGAGCUUCAGCCGUCGAGGUGCCUGAUGAGGACACCAUUCAGCGCGAGAACGAUGAGGCUCUAGCCUCGAAGCCUGUCAAGAACCUCAUCAACGACAGCUACGAGGCAUUGUUAGGCACAAAGCUUUCGGGGAAGAACUUACCAGGAUAUCCGUUUGGUAUAGACCGUGAGCACGAGACCUGGCCCAAGGACCGAGCAACAAAGAAGGCACUCGUUCGGUUUGACUGGCGUGAAGGACAACACGACAGCAGUAUCAACGUCGAAGGGAGGGAACAAGUAGUGGCGAUGGUGCGUACCUUGGCUAAGCAGCGGGGAAAGACCACCACAGCGUAUGUCGAGAAGAUCAUUCCCGGGCAGCUAGAGAAGAAGGUUAGGGCAAAAUACUUGACGCUCGGAGCUGCGUACCGUGCAGAGAAUAAGGAUGACCUGGAGGAUGACGGUGAAGUGGACAGCAAGGGGAUGGGAUCACGCGUUAAAUCAAAACUCGAGGCUCGCAGUCGCAAGCGCGGCUCGGAGCUCUGCCCCGCAGAUCUGAAAGAUCCGAAAUGGGACACUUUAAUGAUUAGAAAUGCGAUGUCGGAUGAUGAAGACGAACCAGAGUAUACCUCUGGCGAUCCGCGUGCAUUUCUUUCUGUCGAGUGGUACUGGAGACAUAAACGAGUAUCAGAGUUCUUCCAGCAUCUUGACGCUGUCCCUGACCCUAAACCUGACCGUGGCAAGCUAGCGGUUCCACGCAGGAGAGCUCUUCACGUAAAAAUGAAGCCUCCGCACACGGCGAGGCAGCUGAGGACGCGUGUCAGAACCUAUAUGGUCGAUGAGGAAGUGUUAGCUAAAAAUCCGGACUGGCUGACGACAAAUAAGGUGGCGCUUAGCGGGGCAUUAUGGGGCAAGGCUGAGCCCAUCGAAGACGAUGGUAAGAAGAAAAGAAAGGCACCCACUAGUACAGUGGGUCAGCGGAUCGUCCGCAGGCGUGCUGAAGAGAGUGGCCAAUCGUCCAAGGUGACGCUUGAAGAGCUGGAGAAGAAGAUGAAUGAUACUUUGGGUGGAGAAAACGUAGACUCACUGUUUAAUUAG